UUAUCCUCCUCUUUGUUCAUCAUCUCCAAGCAGAAGAUUUCCUCUGGAUAUCACGAAGUCAACUCUAUGGAAACACCGUUGCUUUGGUCAAAGGAUCAUGAGGCUAAGGUUCAUAAACGGAAGUUAUUCGGUAACGUUUCUAAGAUGAAAUCGAACUUUUUCAAGGAUUUACCUAAGAAACUUCAAUCCAAAAUCGAUCCGGAAGACCCUUUCCACAUUGAUGUCUCCAAAGCCGUUGGUCUCAAAAGAGACGAGAAGGAGUACUACCAACGACAAUUGGCAACAUUAAAAUCCUUUGAGGAAGUAGAAAGUUUUGUAGCACGGUCAGAAAAUUAUGUCCUCGAUGAACAAAGCCAAGUGGAAGAUCAAGCCGAGAGAGCUGCACAAGAGAGAGCCAUGCAAAUCUCCAAUUGGGCUAACAUCUUUUUACUUGCUCUCAAGAUAUAUGCUACGAUAAAGAGUGGAUCCAUAGCGGUUGCAGCAUCAACACUCGACUCUUUGCUUGAUCUAAUGGCAGGAGGAAUACUUUGGUUUACACAUUUGUCAAUGAAAAACAUAAAUAUUUACAAAUAUCCCAUUGGAAAACUUAGGGUGCAACCCGUUGGAAUCAUCAUUUUUGCCGCCGUUAUGGCCACUCUUGGGUUCCAAGUACUGCUUGAGGCAGCUGAACAAUUGAUUGCAAAUAAACCUUCUGAGAAAAUGAGUCAUGACCAAUUGGUUUGGUUAUGUUCAAUCAUGCUAAGUGCAACGGUUAUUAAACUCGUCUUAUGGAUCUACUGUAGAAGCUCGAGGAAUCAUAUAGUUCGUGCGUACGCAAAGGAUCAUUACUUUGAUGUGGUAACAAACGUUCUUGGAUUGGUUGCGGCUGUUCUUGGAAAUGCUUUUUAUUGGUGGCUCGAUCCAGCUGGUGCUAUUCUCUUAGCCAUCUACACUAUUAUCAAUUGGUCAGGGACCGUUAUGGAAAAUGCGGUCUCAUUGAUCGGACAAUCAGCUCCUCCGGAAGUACUGCAAAAGUUAACAUACUUAGUAUUGCGACAAGGCGCUGAUAACAUCAAACGUGUUGAUACCGUUCGUGCCUAUACCUUUGGUGUUCUUUACUUUGUCGAGGUGGAUAUAGAACUUCCAGAGGAUUUACCAUUGAAAGAAGCUCAUGCAAUUGGUGAAUCAUUGCAAAUAAAGCUUGAAGAACUUCCCGAAGUGGAAAGAGCCUUUGUUCAUCUCGAUUUUGAAUGCCACCACAAACCAGAACAUUCUAUUUUUUCUACAAUCCCAAAUGAUUUAUGAGAGAACUAUACAUAUGUGAAUGUAUGUGUUUUUGCUUGUUUUUUUUUCUUUUUAAUGUUCUUGUACUGAAAUAAUUGUUGAGAUUAUGUGAGUCCAUGUCUAACUCUUUAUUAAUAAAUUAGAAGUCCGCAUGAUUCAUAACCA